AUGUUGGUGUUAAAUUGUUCCACCAAAUUACUCAUACUGGAGAAAAUGUUGAAGAGUCACUUUCCUGAAUCACUCAAGGUUUAUGGAGCAGUGAUGAAUAUAAAUCGUGGUAAUCCUUUCCAAAAGGAAGUAGUGUUGGAUUCAUGGCCAAACUUCAAGGCUGUCAUCACUCGACGACAGAGAGAGGCUGAGAGAGAUAACCUGGACCAUUAUACUAAUGCUUAUGCCGUGUUCUACAAGGAUGCUAGGGCUUACCAACAGCUAUUGGAAGAACAUGAUGUUAUCAACUGGGAUCAGGUUUUUCAAAUACAAGGGCUACAGAGUGACCUACAUGAUAUUUCUAAAGCUGUUGCCAGUUCAAAGCAGUUGGAUGUAAAGCUAACUUCCUUCAGGGCAGUUUAUGCGUCUCCUGCUUCAGUUCUGCCACACAUCAGUUCCCUAAUGGGGUCAUUCCCACGACUAACCUACUUGAGUGUUGCUGAUGCUGAUCUACUCAACCGGACUUGGUCACGGGGUGGAAACGAACAGAGUCUCCGAUACAUCGCCAACCUCAUCUCCUGCUUCCCCAGCGUGUGCAUCCGUGAUGACAGGGGGAGGCCAGUCUCAUGGUCUAUCACAGACCAGUUUGCCACCAUAUGCCAUAUCUACACUCUGCCAGAGCAUCGUAGGAAAGGUUAUAGCCAGCUGAUCACCCUCACACUGUUCAGGAAGAUGCUUAGCCGGGGAUUCCCCUCUCAAGGCAAUGUUCGGGAUGAUAACAGUAAAUUCAUAAGUAUCCUGAAGAAAAUCAAUGUUGAGUUUUUGCCUUGUCGCUUUCAUCGGCUUAUUCUCACCCCUGCAACCUUCUCUGCUUAG